GCCUCCAUUGCUUACCUAAAUCCAUGAUUGGCCCAGAGAAACAAGAAUCAUGCAUGGGAUGGGAUCAUGGGAGGGAACACAACACAGCUGCUGCAGCUGCUUCCAUACCAUUCUCAUCUUAAUUCCAACUUCUUGGCUACAUUCCCCCAUCAGUCAAAUUAAGAUCGAGGUUGGUUGUGUGAUCUUGUCUUGUCUGUCAUGGCAACCAAGCAAAUGACCUAACCCCAAACCAUAGGGUACAAUAACAACACGGUAAAACCUAACUAGACAAAUUGUUUUGCAGGCGUACGGGGAAAAGACACAGGCUUCUGUCUUUCCGAGGAAGUCUAAAAUUGUUUUUUUCCUGUAUGCCUGAUCCCGCAUGGCAAUGGAGACAAGAAGCCAUCGGAUUUCUCCAACACUUUUUGCCUUGUCCCUUAUCCUCUGUGCAAUCCACGUGACAAGCAUUGGCGAUGGCAUUGGCAUUGGCUCCAACCCCCUGCUUUUAAGCUGCGGCGAUUCUGUUGGAGGAAAUGACGCAGAUGGCCGGACAUGGCUGCCCGACGCCAGAUACCUCCUCCCCGGCAGCAAGAACGUGGAGGCCAAGGCUGACACACAAGAUCCCUCAUUGUCUUCAACAAUCCCUUACAUGACCGCCAGAAUAUUCCAAUCCGAAGCAACCUACCAAUUUCCCCUCCAAGAUCCAUCCUCCCGGACAUUGCUCCGACUCCAUUUCUACCCCUCUUCCUACCCUAAUUCCAACAUAUACAAUUCCUAUUUCUCCGUCGUUGCUGGGGGCAUCACUCUGUUGAACAAUUUCAGUGCUUCUUUAGCCGCCGAGGCACUUUCCCAGGCCUACUUCAUCAAGGAAUAUCAUCUGGCUCCGAACCAAUUCACAUCCCUCGGCGUCACAUUCAAGCCAUCGGACCAAUACCCGUCCUCCUUCGCUUUCAUCAAUGGCAUUGAGAUCAUCUCAUCUCCCCCAACUUUUGUUGAGGAUCCUAUCUUGGUGGGAACAGAUGCAUCCGGUGUCGACUCCCAGUCUGCAUCCACCAUCCCCAUUGCAUCCAGCAGCAUGGAAGCAUUGUACAGGUUGAAUGUGGGAGGAGGAUAUAUUUCCCCAACAAACGACAGCCUGAUGAGAAGCUGGUACGACGACAGCCUGUACAUAUUCGGUGGCGGGCAUGGGGUCGCCUUAGGGGCCAACAUCACCGUCAACUACAGAGGCAUGCCUUCCUACAUGGCUCCACUGGACGUGUACAGCAGUUACAGAUCGAUGGGAGCUUUCAAGGAUGUCAACGUGAUUGCGAACCUGACAUGGACUUUCGAUGUGGAUCCUAAUUUCAUGUACCUGGUUAGAUUGCACUGGUGCGACUCUGAGAUGACAAAGCCGAAUCAGAGAGUUUUCGAUGUGUUCGUCAACAACAAGACUGCGGUAAGCGAGGUGGACAUUUAUGCGUGGACAGGUUCCAUUGCAACUCCAAUGAAGAAGGAUUAUGUGAUUCAUGUCAGCAACAGGACAGGUGACGACCCUAAGAUUUGGGUUGCACUCCAUCCUACAGACCAGACUAAAGCCGAAUUCAUGGAUGUCCUUCUCAACGGGCUGGAGAUAUUCAAGCUCAGUGACCCUCAGGCGAAUCUGGCAGGACCUAAUCCGACCAUGUCUGAUCUGAUGAAGAGAUACCAGCAAGGCCAAAUGAAUCCAGGGUCAUUCCAAGGACGAGAAGCUUUCAGCCAGGUCACAUUCACCGGAGCUGCCGGAGGAGCUGCUGCAGUUGGGCUAGCAGCCGUUUUGAUCAUGGCAGCAUACAACAGAAAGAAGAAAUCUAUGCCACCAGCGGAUCAAUCAGGGCCCGGUUGGCUUCCGAUCUCUUUGUCCUCAAAUGCAAACCGAACCAAGUCAUCCAUUAUCUCCAUUUCACCAGAUGCAGCCAGCAAUUGCCGCUAUUUCAGCUUAGCAGAGGUAAGCAGUGCUACCAAUGACUUCGACGAAUCAAACAUGAUCGGCGUGGGCGGCUUUGGGAAGGUGUACAAAGGCGUCCUCGAUGGCGACACGAAAGUGGCGAUCAAGAGAUCGAAUCCUUCUUCGGAGCAGGGAAUCAACGAAUUCCAGACAGAAAUAGAGAUGCUCUCUCAGCUGAGGCACCGGCAUUUGGUGUCUUUGAUCGGAUACAGUGAAGACAAUGGCGAGAUGAUCCUGGUGUAUGACUACAUGGGGAAAGGGACAUUGAGGGAGCAUCUCUACAAGGGCAACCAAACCAUCCUCUCAUGGAAGCAGAGGCUGGAGAUCAGCAUCGGAGCUGCUCGCGGGCUGCACUAUCUCCACACGGGUGCAAAGAACACCAUAAUUCACAGAGAUGUCAAGACUACCAACAUCCUGCUGGACGAUAAUUGGGUGGCUAAGGUCUCCGAUUUCGGGCUCUCCAAAGUGGGAGCGGAAGGCCAUGGAGGGCAUGUGAGCACGGUGGUGAAGGGCAGCUUUGGAUAUCUGGACCCUGAGUACUUCAGAAGGCAGCAAUUGACAGAAAAAUCGGACGUGUACUCGUUCGGAGUGGUGCUGUUCGAGCUGCUGUGCGCGAGGCCGGCCCUGAAUCCGAGCCUGCCGAGGGAGCAGGUGAGCCUGGCGGAUUGGGCGCUGCAUUGUGCGAGGAACAAUUGCGUGGAGGACAUAAUGGAUCCAGAAUUGAAGGGGGAAAUAAGAGCAGAAAGCUUGAAGAAAUUCACGAGCACAGCGGAGAAAUGCUUGGCAGAGAAUGGGGUGGAGCGGCCGUCCAUGGGGGACGUGCUCUGGUGCCUGGAGUCGGCACUGCAGCUCCAGCAGCAGGAGGAGGAAUGCCACCAAAAUGGGGGAGACCACGGCGGCAGCAGGGAUGUGGAAGAAGGCGCAGUUACAGAUGAUAGCCAGAGAUUGGUGACGAUGCACCGAAAAACCUUGAGCCUUGGAGACGACGACGAUGAUGAGAAUGAGAUGGGCAACAUUAGUAGUAAGGUAGAAACCGCCGUUGUUGUGGAUGAUGUAUUGGCGCCUUGUGAUAAAAAAGGCCGUUAAGCUAAAAAUAAAA